AUGUCGGAAGACGAGAGCAACGACGUCGACGCCGGCGAGCAGAUGCAGCUGGGCGGCAUCAAGACUAUGCCGUUCAUUCUAGCGAACGAUUUCUGCGACCGGUUCGCGACGAUCGGGUUCAACGCCAACCUGAUCACGUACCUGACGGCGGAGCUGCACCUGCCGCUGGUGGAGGCGUCCAACACGCUCACCAACUUCAACGGCGCGUCCAACCUCACGCCGAUCGUCGGCGGCCUCAUCGCUGACUCCUUCGCCGGCCGGUUCUGGACCAUCGCCGCCGGGUCGGUCGCCUACCAGCUCGGCAUGGUCGGGCUCACGGUGUCGGCGCUCCUGCCAUCGCUGCGGCCGCCGCCGUGCCGCGGCGAGGCCGGACAGGCUUGCCAGCGCGCCACCCCCUGGCAGCUGCUCGUCCUCUACCUGUCGCUGCUCUGCACGUCGGUUGGCACCGGCGGCACGCGGCCCUGCGUCAUGGCGUUCGGCGCCGACCAGUUCGAGCUGGGAAAGCAGCGGCGGCGCGGCGACGGCGAGGCCGACUCGCCGAGGUGGAGCUUCUUCAACCUCUACUUCUUCGGCGUUGAGCUGGCCAAGCUGGUGGCUAUCACGGCGGUGGUGUACAUCCAGGAGAACGUGGGGUGGGGGUGGGGACUCGGCGUCCCGACCAUCGCCAUGCUCGCCGCGGUCACCGCGUUCGUGGCGGGCUACCCGCUCUACGUCAAGAUGGCUCCGGGGGGCAGCCCACUGACACGGCUGGCCCAGGUCGCCGUCGCGGCUUUCCGGAAGAGAAAGCUGGCCGUGCCGGCGAAUCCCAGCCUCCUUUACGACGACAAGAAGCUCGACGCCGGCGUCUCCACCACAGGCCGUCUGCUCCACACCGACCAGCUCAAAUUUUUUGACCGGGCUGCGGUUGUCACGGACGGCGACAUGGAGAGGGGCGGCGUCCCGCGGCCGUGGCGGCUGUCGACGGGGCACCGCGUGGAGGAGCUCAAGUCGAUCAUCCGCAUGCUGCCCAUCUGGGCCGCGGGCAUCCUGCUCGUCACCUCGGCAUCCCACAACCACAGCUUCGCCAUCCAGCAGGCCCGCACCAUGGACCGGCGCGUCACGGCGAGCCUGGAGAUACCGCCAGCGUCCAUGCUGAUCUUCUCCAACGUCGCCAUGCUCUCCACCCUGGCGCUCUACGACCGGGUGCUGGUGCCCAGGCUGCGCCGCCUCACGGGGCACCCCGCGGGGAUCACGCACCUCCAGCGCACGGGCGUCGGCCUGGUCAUCAGCACCGCCAGCAACGCCGUGGCCGCGGUCGUCGAGCGGGCGAGGCGGCGCGCCGCGGCGAGGCACGGGCUCCUCGACAGCCCCGGCGCGACCGUGCCGAUGAGCGUGUUCUGGAUGGCGCCGCAGUACGCCAUCCACGGCGCCGCCGACGCGUUCAUGGACGUCGGCCGCAUGGAGUUCCUGUACGACCAGGCGCCCGACGGCAUGCGGAGCACGGCGGCGGCGCUGUACUGGCUGACGAUGUCGGCGGGGAGCUACACGGGCACGCUGCUCGUGACGGCGGUGCACGAGGGGACCAAGGGGGAAGGGGAGUGGCUCCAGGACAACCUCAACAGAGGGAGGCUGGACAGCUACUACUGGCUCGUGGUGACGCUGCAGCUGAUCAACGUCGUCUACUUCGUCAUCUGCGCGAAGCUGUACACCUACAAGAAGGUGGAAGUAGUGGAUCAAGAGAGCGCAGGGGGCAGAGAUGAAACAGUUGAUCAAGCGAGCGUAGGUGAGAAUGAGAUGGAUGAUGAGAAAGGAAGCCGUGUAGAAGAUGUAGAGCUUCAGCCUCUGCUGCUAUCAGAUGUCACGCUAGCUUAGAGAUGUUUUUCGAGAUUUCAGGGGGUGAUUUUGUCGUUGGAGGGUUGGAGGCGACUAACGUAGGAUCAAUAUAACACGUGAACGUUCACGCAUCCGUUAACCGUACGAACA